AUAUAAAGUAUUUUAAGGCUGAAAAACGAUUAAAACGCAAAUUAUGAAAGUGACUAUUGUAUCGUAAAUAAUAUAAAGCACCUACUUUUGUUAAAAUCAAAUUUUAAUCCCCAAGAAUCAAGAUAGUGACAUAGACAUACUAAUCUACCAAAUCUCUAUAAUGCGCAGAGCCCAAGAACACAACUAACGUGCGCAUUAAUACCCGGCCGAAAGACGAAGAAGAUCACUCACAAGUCACAAGGCAAGUUUAUAAUUUUUGUUCAUACUAAUAAUAAUACUCAUCGUCACGUGAAAGCUUCGCUCUUCUUCAGCCUUUUUGAAACAAAAAAAAUAUCUCCAAUGCCGGUUAAUCACCGGUUUAGUAACCGGUUACUCUUCCUCCUCCUCCUCCUUCUAAGUUUCGAAACGGCACGGCGUUUGGUCUCCGGUGACCCAAACGACGAGUCGUGCUUAACGAAUCUACGUCAGAGCUUAGAAGAUCCGGCGAAUAACCUCCGUAACUGGACAAAAUCCUUCUUCUCAAACCCUUGCACCGGCUUCGCCUCUCCCCUCCACGGAGUCACUUGCAACAACGGCAGGGUUUACAAACUCUCACUAACGAACCUCUCUCUCCGUGGCUCAAUCUCUCCGUACCUCUCUAAUUGCACGAAUCUCCAAUCCCUAGAUCUGUCUUCAAACCAGAUCUCCGGCGAGAUCCCGCCGCAGUUACAGUACCUCGUUAACCUCGCUGUUCUUAACCUCUCCUCUAAUCGUCUCUCCGGUGAAAUCUCGCCGCAGCUAGCUCUCUGCGCUUACUUAAACGUCAUCGAUCUUCACGGUAACAAACUCUCCGGCCAAAUCCCGUCGCAGUUGGGGAGCCUCGCGAGGUUAUCAGCGUUCGAUGUCUCUGAUAACAAAUUAUUCGGUCAGAUUCCGGCGAAUCUGGCGAUGAGAAACGGGAACUUGCCGAGAUUUAACGAGAGCUCGUUUACAGGGAACAAGAAAUUGUUUGGGUAUCCGUUGGAGGAGAUGAAGAGCAGAGGAUUGUCGAUAAUGGCGAUCGUUGGGAUUGGGCUUGGGAGUGGAAUCGCGAGCUUAGUGAUUAGCUUCACUGGGGUUUGUAUAUGGUUGAAGAUCACUGAGCAGAAGAUGGAGGAAGAAGAAGGAAAGAUUAGUCACUCUAUGCCUGAUUACUAAUUUAAUUAAAUCACAUUAUUAGUCUUUUUUUUUUUUUUUUCCAAUUUUUCACUUUGAAUAUCAAAAGCUAAAGAUACAAAAAAAUAGGAGAUCUAAUUAUUUAGAUGCUUUGAUCAUAUGUAGAUGUUUGGUUAUCUUUGGGUACAUAUAAUAUUAACAAAAUCACAAGUUUUAUUGGUUA